UGAUAAAUUGUGGGGGUGGGGAGUAAUCACUAUUUUUAUUUGAUUGUAUUCGCUAAUUAGGGUAUUUGGAGUAGUUGUAAUUGUCUUCAAUUUUCAAUUCGGUCUCAUGUAAUACCCAGUGUGCUGACCUUAGCUUGGGACAACAACUCAAUUCAACAAUUAACGACAUAUUGAAGUCUUUUAACCCCCCACGUCAAUUUAAACAAUGCCCUAAAAAUCGUGACUGAUCUCCUGCUCCUUUUGCAACAACAAUAAUAAACCCAGGAAUGUCGCCCCAGUGAUGCUGAAUGUCUGGGAAAUAUCACGAUGCAGCCAUCAGUGACCUUCACACCAACAGUAAUUCACCCCAUUCCCCAGCUCGAUUGUAGUUUGGUGCCAGUGUCAUACUGCUCUCGGAGGUUCCGAAGGAUUCUCCCCAAAUUAGAGCCAAAUGCUUCCUACAGUGCAGACAUCCUGCCAUCGCCGGCGAUUGACAUUGUCCAUAACCCCUACAUUAUUAUCAUCCCGAGGCUUGACACCACGAAAAUUCCAGUACCAAAUAACGUGAGACUGCCUAGAGUUAGCAAGAGAAAGCCAAUACUGAGGAUAACCAUCAAUAAGAUGUCCAAUACCGAGGAUUCUGACGUCAUGAAUGGAAGUAAUGACACCAGAAGUGAUCACGAAGGACUCGACGCAGGGGAGGAUGAGGAGGAGCCAGAGACUGAACGAGUUGAGGUCAGGAAUUACAAACUGAACAGAUCUGUUAUUUUUUCGUUGGAUCCUACCACUGGGGAAAUACUAGUCACAAAGAGGGCUAUUGAGAGCUCUACGUGUGGUAAUGGCGAUGUAAAUACGAGGCGGGAUUCAUUGCAGGAUGACAAGUGAGUGAAGGACUUCGUGUCUUUUAUUGUGUCAUCAAUUUCCUCUGCUCUUCGGACACUGUGGGACAACGAAGAAAAGAGGAAGUCAUUCAGGGCAAUAGUGUAAUGUAUCUCAAGAUUAAUUUCUGAGUGAAAAAGGACUUUCAGAAAUGAAUUAAUACGUUGGACUUUUGGAACGGAUGGAGGAGGGUUUUUUAAAUAAUGAGGGAUUGGAGUGAUUAAGUGGACAGACCCCCUGUUUCUGUGACAAACUACAGAGAAAGCCUUAGUUGAUUUUCAAUACUGGUGAAGGAGAUCUUCAUCUCUCGAAUUAUUAUAUUGUUACGCAUUUAUGAAAAAAAUAUGGAAAAUGUUGGAGAUAAUCAGCCGUUUAUAAGUUUUCUUGGUUAUUGAAUAAUAAUAAUGAUCGUGUCGUUGAA